AUGGCACCUGUCAUAGAAAUCUUCCCGGUGCCGCCGCUGCAGUGCAACUGCAGCAUUGUCGGGGACUCUGAAUCCAAGGAUGCUUUGGUGGUCGAUCCUGGAGGGGAUGUGGACCAUAUUGUCAGCCGGCUGAAGUUCCAUGGCCUCAGCUGUAAGCGCAUUCUCAUCACACACGGGCACUUGGACCAUAUCAUUGGCGCCACGGAGCUGAAGAAGCUCACAGGUGCUGUCAUUCUCAUGAACCAGAAUGACUUGAGCCUCUAUGAGAGAGUCAAGGAGCAGUGCCGUGACUUUCGUGUGCCACCACCUCUGGAGCCACUGUUGCCACCAGAUGACUUCCUCGCUGAUGGUGACGUGGUGCAAUGGGCACCGGACUUGACAGUCAAAUGCUUGCACUGCCCAGGUCAUACACCUGGGUCUAUGUCGUAUUAUUUCGAGCAGCACAAGCUUGUCUGCCCAGGCGACACCUUGUUCUCAGGCUCUGUUGGCAGAACAAGUUGGGCGGGGAUCCCAUCACUCCAAGGUACCUCAGACCCGAAUCAGAUUAUUGGUAGCAUCAAGACGAAGCUGUUGACGCUUGAUGGCGAUGUGCGAGUCAUUUCGGGCCAUGGGCCAGACACGACCAUUGCAGAUGAGCGUGCCUGCAACCGAUUUGUUCGUUGA